UCCAAGAUGGCGUCGGAGUCGGAACCAGAUUCUCCUAUGGUUUACAACCGCAGUAUUCCUGCUGAAAUCCUCGAAGAUCUAUGCAGUCGGUUUUUAAUCAACAUUCCUGACGAGGAAAGAAAAGAUGUCGUACGGUUAUGUUUUCAAAUUGAACUCGCCCACUGGUUUUACAUCGACUUUCAUAGACAAGAAAACCCAGACCUUCCUGGCUGUGGAAUCAAAGAAUUUACAAGAAUCAUUUUUAACCAUUUUCCAUUUCUUAACAAAAGUGACGAGGAUAUAAAUCAAAUUUUUGCAAACUGGCGCAAAUAUAAACUCAAGGUGCCUGUAUUUGGAGCUAUCAUUGUCAAUGAAACACUAGAUAAGUGCAUUUUAGUACAGCCUGCAAUGUCUAAAACAAGUUGGGGCUUCCCCAAAGGAAAAGUCAAUAAAGAUGAAGAUGAAUUUGAAUGUGCCAUCAGAGAGGUAUAUGAAGAAACUGGUUUUGACAUGAGGAAAUAUGCUGAACCUACUGACUUCAUAGAACGCAAGAUACAUGAUCAUGCAAUUCGGUUAUAUGUUGUUCUUGGUGUACCAGAAAAUACCCAAUUUCAGCCACAGACAAGAGGUGAAAUAAGAGAUAUCAGAUGGUUUAAAAUAGAACAUCUCCCAGCUCAUAAGAAAGACACCAGUUGUAAUGAGUAUCUCAACUGUAAUCCAAGUAAUUUUUUCAUGGUCAUUCCAUUCGUAAAAGAUCUUCGUCGUCGGCUGACCAACAAGACUCCUCGUCCAAGCAGUCAAAACAGCAUAUCAAACAGAGAAGAAUUCGAUUCUCCUAUCAGAAUACAACUACAGAAAUUAGUAGACAAAGAAGAUGCAAGAAUUGAAAGUGAGAGGAAACAAGCAGCUGCAGAAAGAAGAAGAAAAGCUCAACAGGAGAAGUUCCUAGCUCAACACGCGAUGAGUCAUCCCUUGCGAGACCACCAUCAGAGRGAACAAGAAGGACUUAGAACUGCUAGAGAUUAUCAAAGUCCAACCGGAGAACGGGAUUCCAGAUAUUCAAGGGGGUCACCUGUACUUAAACAAUACCAAGAACAACAGCCAACGAUAAAGAUUCUUCAACGACCAGAGCGUGCGUCCUCUCCACUUGACACAAAAAUACCACAGGACACACGUGAUAAGCCCAGCCUACGUUAUUAUAAAACAAGCAAUGUCUCAAGGUCUCUUGAUUAUGUACAAGACUCUAACCCACUACAAAAGUUACUACACGGCACUAGUGAUCUCAACUCGAUUCCUAGUUCCGUUAGUUACGGCCCCUUUUCGCCGAUAUAUCAACCAUCGUCCAUGUCUUCUUAUGGCACAACCCCUACCCAUCCCACUACGAGGUACCCUGGCUAUCAGUCUGAAUUAUGGAAGCAGGACCAUACAAGUGUACAGAUAGAACAGCAUAUGGACCCUCUAACGAAACUGAGACUAUUGUCUGCAUCUGCGACAACUGUUCAUCACACCAAGCUAAAAACCUCUGUUCAAGAGAAUAGUAAUACGAGAACUGAGGAGAAGGUUUUAUUUAGCGCACCAGCUUUCGUAAACUUUGCGUUUAAUCGGAAAGCGAUACUAGCGACUCUUGAUGGUUCCUAAUCAUCCCUGAACAGUUGGUUCCCACAGAAAUUUUACGUUAUACGAUUUUAAGCAAAGGCCUUCUUUUAUCCAGUAUCGGUUGACCGACAUGGUGACUUUAUAAAUGUGUUAAUUUUCCUAAGAAAUAACAACCC